AUGUGUUAUCAAGAUCAGAGCAGCACGCAGCACCAGAACUGUUCUGGUAGCUAUAGAGAAAGUCUUCACCGUAGAGCAAAGAGACGUAAAAUUGAUGACCUUAUCCACUCUGAGGACUGUCUGACAGUGGAUGGUGAGGCUUUUUGCGAUGCUCUUCGUUGUAUAUACUUCCUUGCAAAGAAUGAAACCCCUCAUACCACCAAUUUUGUACCAUUACAUAGUUUGUGUGUCCAACUUGGCAACACAACACUGCCACGUUUGUUAUUAGAAGGAAAGAACAGGACAUACCCAUCUGAGCAAACAAUGAAGGAAAUGAUGGAAGCUAUUGGGUCUGCUAUAGAAGAAUUUUUACUUAAAAAUAUCUGUGCUUCUCCUUUCUAUUCAAUAAUAUUAGAUGAAUCUACCGACCUUUCCACUGUUAAGCAGUUAGGUCUUGUAGUACAGUACCUAGAUAUGGAGACUGCUACUGCUGAGACAAAGUACUUAAAACUAAUAGAUCUUUCACCAGCAGUUCAUGCUACAGCUGAUGUGAUUGUCAAAGCAGUUACUGCCUACUUAGAAGAGAAAGCAUCUCCAGCACCUGGGCUUCAAAAGCUUAUUGGAGCAGCUUCAGAUGGAGCUUCUGUCAUGGUUGGGAGAGACAAUGGUGUGAUAGUUCAGCUUAAAAUAAAAGUACCUGGUCUUAUUGCAACACAUUGUUCAGCACACAGACUUGCUUUGGCUGCUUCUGAUGCUGCUCAUACUACACCUUGGUUUGCCCGAUUUGAAAGAAUACUAAAUCAAGUAUACUCAUUCUUUUCACGCAGUGCUGUCCAUACAGCUGAACUAGUGGAGAUACAGAGAAUGAUGGACCAUCCAAAGCUGAAGCUAAAAAAACCCUCUGAGACUAGAUGGCUCUCUCUUGAGAAUGCUGUCAGUGCACUGAGAUGCUGCUACAGACCAGUAAAAGCUGUACUGGAAAAUGAAGCUGCUGAAGGUGAUGCUACUGCCCUUGGAUUGCACACACAGCUAAAGAAACCUGAAUUUAUAGUAAACAUUCACUUCCUCUGUGAUGUCCUAGAUACUGUGGGUAGUCUCUCUAAAGCAUUUCAAAGUAACCAAGUUAAUCUUCUGGGAAUAGAAAAUCUCGUAAAAGAGAAGCUUUCAGUACUAGAAGAGCUUCAAAAUGACAUCUAUUGUGGAGGAUAUAUGUUGACAGUCAUUAAAAACUACCCAGAAGAACUUGCUGCAGUCAAGGAAACUAAUUUUGACACUAAAGCAGCAUGUUACAUCAAAGAGCUAAUAUCUAGUAUUAGGAAUAGAUUUCCCAAUAUUAGACUCAUUACUCUGCUAGGACAUCUUCAUCCUAAACAUGUAGCUGAAGCUACACCAGCAAUCAUUUUUGAGCUUGCUUCUUCACUGAGUCUUAAUGGUCCUAACCUAUGGAAUGAAUUCAUGUCAUACAAGUCAUUUGCUCUUUCUCUCAAACCAAUGUCACUCCAUCAGUCUGUAUUGGAGAUGUGGCAUCCUGAUAGACGAGACACCAUGGUAGCAGCAUAUCCCCUCAUAUCUCAAUUAUUAGCACAAGUUAUUGUACUACCUGCUUCAUCAGCUGAAGUAGAAAGAGUGUUUUCUACUAUUAACAGGACAAAAACUCCACUGCGCAAUCAUCUCACUACUAUGAUGCUUGAUAACCUAAUUAGAAUCUCUAUGGAUGGACCAGAGUGUU